AUGACAUCUUCAGACCUGGAGGAACAAACGCUCCGUUUGACGGUCAAACUGCAGGCAGAGGAGGUGGAAGGAGGAGAAGGAGAUGAAGAAAUCGGAGGUUUUAUCAACUCUGACGGAGAAGUGUUUGACUGGGACGACAGUCCUGACAGAGGCUCAGAUCCCAUGGAGAGUCCACAACGUGACCAGGGUCAUGACCUUUGCCAGGCUCUGCCAGGCCCAACGCAGAGAUACAGCAGUCCAACACUCAUCAUGGAAGUCGUGGGAGACGACGAUGAAAAGAUAGAAGUGAAGGACAAGGACAGAAGAGACGGAGCAAAAGGAAGAUUUCAGAGGUUCCUCCUUCGUACGAAGGCCUGGACGCCGAGCCUGAAGUGUCAAGGCGUACAAGAAAAAGGAAAAAAGUCCCAACCACCGAGGAGUCGAAACCAAAAACAGUUCCACGCACAACAGAAAGAAACGCGACAGGUAAAACAGACUUGGAAAAAAACAAAAGAGAGCAGACCAUCAGCUGAAGGUGGAGAAAACGUUGUUGUUCCUGCUGUCAAAAAGACCCCCGGCAGAAAGAGGCUGUGCGUCCCAGUAGAAAUCCCCCCCGAGCUCCUGAAGAAGCCCAAAGAAAAGAUCGACUACCAGUGCUCCGUGUGCGGCAAAGAGUUUCCUCAUGCCUACAAACUGGAGCGCCAUGAACUGAUUCACACGGGAGAGAAACCAUACUGCUGCUCCAUCUGUGGCCGGGGAUUUAACCAGAAGGGGAACCUCAAAACACACUACAAAGUUCACUACGGUCAAAAGGGCGUUCCGGACUUUGAAGACGAGGUCACGCCGAUAGCCUCAGAACUCUCCGAAUACUUGAAGUCACUGCCAGGAGAGUCCAAGAUCAGAUCAUCCCUCCAGUGUUUGGAGUGUGGAACAGACUGCAAGAGCCAGUCGUCUUCAGAGGGACACCACAUCGCUGCACACACACAGACUGCCUCUGAACCAGACGCAGCCGAGCACCACCCCCCCCACGACCUCAUCUGCCACCGCUGUGACAUUCAGUUCAAAGACAAGGAGAAGCUGGACGAACACAUGAAGACCCACGUCAAGGAGAAGCGCUUCGCCUGCCCCGACUGCGGCAAGAGGUUCAUCAAUGAGAGCUACAUACACAUCCACCGGCGCAUUCACACCGGAGAGAGACCGUACCUCUGCUCCCAGUGUGGCAGGGGCUUCCACACGGCAUCGUCACUGAAGAUACACGAGGUGCAGCACUCGGAGGAGAGACCUUUCGCCUGCUCCAUCUGCGGGAAGAGGUUCCGCAUGAACUCGUACCUGGUCGCACAUUAUCAGACCCACAUCAUCGACAGACCUUAUAUCUGCAGCGUCUGUGGCAAAGGCUACUCCAGAAUCGAGGAACUGAAGGUGCACCAGAGGCUUCACACGGGGGAGAGACCCUACGAGUGCGGCGAGUGCGGGAAGAGCUUUAUUUACCGCCAGGGUCUGCGACAACAUCAGCGCACGCACGCAGGAAGACGCAUGGGGCCGACCAGGCAGCUGGGCAGACCCAAGCAGCAGGCCAGGCCGGACGUCCAGCAGUACUUUCCUUCUCUCUGCUGGACGUCAGCUCACAACACAUUCAUAACAACGACUAAACUCAAGGCCAUGCGUCUGAGGAGGAGGCCAGCAGAGGUGGUCCAGCCUGAGGGACACUCAGCUGGUCCACUGGACCAGUGUCACCCUGACGGUGAAACAAAAAGUGCCUUCAAACCUGAGGCUGAUGAACACAUGAAUCACAUGACUCUGUCGGCCGAGCCAGAGCAAAACCAGAACCCAGACGGACCAAAGAAGAAGUACGAAUGUCUGACCUGCGGGAGAGUCUUCUCAGUCAACACUAGUCUGCAGCGACACCUUGUGAUCCACACGGGGAAGAGGCCGUUCAAGUGCUUCAUAUGUGGACGAGGAUUCAGUCAGAGUGGAAACAUGAAAACACACAUGAAGGUCCACAGAGGAGAGCUUCCUAACUGGACGUUACUCCGGGAGACGGCGCCCCCUGGACGACCUCCUGUCGCUGUUCAUGUGUGUGGAGAAUGUGGGAUGGACUUCCCCGAGAAGCAGCGGUUGGAUGAACAUAAAGCAAGUCACAAAAAGCCUCACGCGUGUCCUGACUGCGACAAGACCUUCAAAAACGAGUAUUAUUUCAAAAUACAUCGGCAGGUUCACACUGGACACUCGCCGUUUUUCUGUUCAGAGUGCGGGAAGGGUUUCCUGACAGGAAAUGCACUCAAGAAGCACACGUUAACUCACACCGGAGAGAGGAAGUUCCAGUGUGAGCGGUGUGGAAAGGCCUUUCUGCAGUCCUCUCACCUGAAGGUGCACCUGAGAACUCACACCGGAGAUCGGCCACAUCUCUGCUCCAUCUGUGGGAAAAGCUACUCCAAAGCAUUCACUCUGAAGGUGCACCUGCGGGUUCACACCGGAGAAAACCCCUACAGAUGUGAGGAAUGUGGCAAAUGUUUUUACUACUCUCAAGGUUACCAGAAGCACCUGAAGGUCCACAACAAGAAGCCCAAACCACAAAGCAGACCUUUAGGAAGACCAAGACAGCUGCAGGUGGUCUACAAGGAAGAUCAUCUGGAAAUUGGAGGUCUGAUCAAUUCUGAUGGAGAGGAAAUCGAUUUUUCAGAUCUCAAUGCGCCGACAAAGACUCAUCAUCAGCCGGAGACUGAAAAACCACCAUCUUUCCACAGCUGUUCCGUGUGCGGUAAAGACUUCCCGUACGCCUCUAAACUCCAGCGCCACCUACGCACACACUCGGGCGAGAGACCCUUUCCUUGCUCUAUGUGUGAGAAGAGAUUCCCAGAGAAGGGGCUUCUUCUGAUCCAUGAACGGGUCCACACUGGAGAGAAACCGUUUCCAUGCACUUUCUGUGACAAACGAUUUGCCAGCCAGGGGGAGCUCCGGCUGCACAGGCGGACACACACUGGAGAGAGACCGUACCACUGCUCCAUCUGCCUGAAGAGCUUCUCUCGCCACUGGCACCUGAAAACGCACCUGGAGGCGAUGCACUCUGAGGUCGUGGCUGGCUUUUCGAGAAAGAAGUUCCCCUGUUCGGACUGUGAUAAGAGCUGUAACUCGGCAGCUGAGCUGAGGGAUCACCAGAGGACUCACACUGGAGAGAGACCCUACCAGUGCUCUUUCUGUGACAAACGGUUCGCCCUGUCUGGUACUCUGGUCAGACACGAGCGUCUCCACACGGGAAUCACGCCGUACCACUGCUCCGACUGCGGCAAGACAUUUGCACAGCAGUGGACGCUAACAACACACAUGCGAACACACACGGGGGAGAAACCUUACAGCUGCACACAGUGCAACAAGUCUUUCAUAGCUCCCGGAGAACUGCGGCGACACACCAGGAUUCACACGGGGGAAAAACCCUACACCUGCAGGGACUGUGGGAGACACUUCUCACUGGCAGGAACUCUGAGGAACCACAAGCGUUCGUGUCCACAGCAGAAAGAUGGGACGGUGUCUGAUGUCCUCUCUCACCCAGUUCAAGCACGAGUCGGUGAAUCAUCACAGGAAGUCCCGCCUCUGAACAACACACCUGAGGUUUCAAACAGACAGAGUUUACUGAGCUCAGCUGAAACACUCUCUCCAGAGAAUCUGAGUGAGGAAACGGCUCCCAGUGAGAACCAGACAGAAGCCGACGAGCAGCCGUCGGACACUGUGCCCUGUCCACAAGUGACAGUAAUCGUCAAAGAAGAGGAGGAGGAGGAGCCGCUGUCUGUGAACAAAGGUCAUGAACCGCCGUCUGUCGGUGAGAAUGUGUCAGCAACAGAGGAAAACAAAGAUCAGCAGCAGGAGCGACAAGAUGACAACACAGAAAUAUUAAUACGAGUAAAAGAAGAAGAGGAGCCAAUCAUUAUUUCCAGAGAAGCUCUUGAUCCUGUUGUAACCAGUAAGAAAGACAAACGUCCAGUUUCACCCGGUCAAGAACAGGCGAAGAACAACAAAACAAAGAGCUCCUACUGCUGUGGGCUCUGUGGAAGAGACUGUCACAAGAUGUCUGCGCUACAAAUCCACAUGAGAAUCCACUCAGGGGAGAAACCCUACCAGUGCAUGCUGUGUGGCAAGCAGUUUACACAGAAAGGUCAACUCAAGGGUCACCAAAAGGUCCACACGGGAGAAAGACCUUUUUCCUGCCCGGACUGCGGGAGGAGCUUCGCCCACUCAGGAGCCAUGAACAGACACCGGCUCACGCACACGGGAGAGAAACCCUAUCAGUGCUCCAUGUGCAGCAGGAGCUUUAACCAGUCGGGCCGCUUGAGAGAACACGAAAAAAUCCACAGCGGGGAAAAGUUUGACUGUCCAGAGUGUGCGAAGAGUUUCACCAGAUCUUCAAGCCUUAAGAACCAUUUCAGGCUUCACACGGGAGAGAGACCGUACCGCUGCAACAUCUGCGGGAAAGGAUUUAGUCGCUCGCAAAGCCUGAGGCUCCACAAACGAAAGCACGCGCUGAUCGAGACUGAGGUCGAGGUGGAAGAGGAGGAGGACGAGGAGGAGGACGAGGAGGAGGAAUCUGCCUUUAAUAUGAAGAACGAGGAAUUCUCCCAAAGUGACAAUAACUCGCCGAUUAAUAUGUGUUUAUCAGACAGGAAUGGUUAUAAUGAAUGAAGGUGUCAUCACAACUGUGACCACACGAGACGAGAGAGAGCGAAGGAAGUGACUACCUCUGUGACAAGACAGGUUAUUUAUUUAAACUUCAUGUGGUGCUUCAACCAAGGUGCGUUUAAAUCAGCGGUUCCCAACCUUUUUUUGUGUCUGACAAGUUUUUUCACGGACCGACCUUUAAGGUGUGGCCGUUAAAUACAACGAAAUAAAAUGAUACGACAUACGGCAUAAAAACUGGUAUUUUCUAAACAUGAUAAUAAACGUUAAGCCACUGUGUAGUCAACUUUAUUAUUAUACUGGUACCGAUGCCGGUCCGCGUCCCGGGGGUUGGGCACCACUGAUUUAAGGUACCGUAUAUACCACACCGACACUAGAUGGUCUGUUAUGCAGUCGUUUUUAUUUAGGACUUAUACACGUUUAGCAUGUAGAUCCAAUUCCUGUUGGGGGAGGGGGGGUGAACAGUUUAAAACGUUUCCUGGUCUUUUAGCCAAUUGUGUUGACAAAACAUUGAUGAACAUUAUAUUAAUGCCACAAAUCAGUCAACAGGUGGAGAUUAGAGUAACAACGUCUGACACCUGGGUUUAUAAAUCCCCAAGAUGAGACUGAAGUGAUGUCCUAACACACACACACACACACACACACAUAUAUAUAUAUAUAUAUAUAUAUAUAUAUUGACCACACAUAUCAAAUGUCUCAAAUUCUAACCUCCUAAAAAUGUUUCUGAUAUUUUAACUUCCACCUUUGACCUGGUCCUAACCCUGCCCUUAUAAAUGGACUCCCUUUGGUUUUAAAAAACAGCCUAAAAGAGACAUUACUGCCACACUGUGGACACAUUUUCAGCUUCCACUUUUAAAAAACAUUUUUAAAAAUAGGUGAAAUGUCAGAUUCUAAUGAUCUACUUCUCAUUCUCGACUCUUUUUAAGCAUAGUUCCUUUAAACAACAGACAUUUGGAAUAUUCUUAGAGAUAAUAUUUGUGUGAACUUUUCCCCCUUUAGCUGAUGACCGUUGUUCUGGACCACUAAGAUCAAAACACUUCUCAAAGACCAAACAUUUAUUGUGAAUAAGAAACUAGUCGAGACAAAGAAUCUUAUCAUUUGUAGUCAUAUGCUGUGUCUGUCUAACUGUUGCUCAGUGCUGCCUCCGUCUGUGUGUACAUGGAACAAUUUAUGCAAAACAAUAAAUAUAUAAAUAUUA